GUUGUGAAUAGUUUUUAAACGCCCGAUUAGUUUAGUAGCUUCUCAAAGUCUUCUCCCGAAUGCGAAUUCAGCCGAAGACAAGCGAACUGCGGCGCGUUUCUCGGGAGCGUCGCGGAGCGGCCCCCCCUGCUCCGCGGAGCCGAAUGGUCUCUCCCACCGUAGCAGCGCCCGUCCUGCGCCGCGCGGCGCCCGAGCUGCAAAUCAAUGAGGCCAGUGAAGGCGGCGCGGCGGGGCGGUCGAAGUUGGGACAAUUCGCGGUGGUUUCUGUUUGGCCGAUACUCGACGACGACAACAACAGGGACAUUAUGUGUAGGGCCGACAUGUGCAUGAACCUGUCUCUGUGUCCUCUGGCGGCAUAAGGACGAGGCGUAGGUCAACUCGUUGUCUUCUUUCCUCGCGCGAGAAGUUUGAUGCGUUCCGGCUCAACCGCAUCAGAAACACCCUGCCGUGUCGAACCGAGGAUGAUUUUUGCCAACACCGGACACCCGCUGAGGACUCCGUAUCGCAAGCAGCCACUCGCUGCCCCAUCGUCACACCCCAUGGCUCCAACCAGCCCGAGCACCAGCAGCACCAACAACAGCAGCAGCAGUAGCACCGCAGGCUGGGACACCCUCAGCAAGACCAACCUCUACAUCCGAGGCCUGUCCCCUUCAACCACAGAUCAUGACCUGGUCAAGCUCUGUCAGCCGUAUGGCAAAAUUGUGUCUACAAAGGCCAUCAUGGACAAGACUACAAACAAAUGUAAAGGUUAUGGCUUCGUGGACUUCGACAGCCCCCCUGCAGCUCAGAAAGCUGUGGCUGCCCUGAAGACUUCUGGUGUCCAAGCUCAGAUGGCAAAGUGUAAUACCAGAGAUUGCCGGGUGACAGGCUAUAAACAACAAGAGCAAGACCCCACAAACUUGUAUAUCUCCAACUUGCCUUUGUCAAUGGAUGAGCAGGAGCUAGAGAACAUGUUGAAGCACUUCGGCCAGGUCAUAUCCACACGCGUCCUGAGAGACUCCAGUGGAGCCAGCAGAGGAGUGGGCUUCGCCAGGAUGGAGUCAACCGAAAAAUGUGACGCAGUCAUUUCUCACUUCAAUGGAAAGUUUAUCAAGACACCCGCAGGUUUUCCAGCGCCCUCUGAACCCUUGCUGUGCAAGUUUGCCGAUGGAGGGCAGAAAAAGAGAAUCAGUCAGAAUAAAUUUGUCCCCAAUGGUCGAGGCUGGGCAAGGGACUGUGACUCGAGACUGGCUGGAAUGACACUCACGUAUGACCCCAGUGCUGCUGCUAUGCAAAACGGAUUUUUCCCACCCGCGUACAGUAUUUCAAACAGGAUGAUCGCUCAAACGUCCAUGUCUCCGUAUAUGUCUCCUGUUUCAACGUACCAGAUGCAGAAUCCAUCCUGGGUGCCUCAUCAACAGUACAUCAUGCAGCACCCAGGUACAGUGAUAUCGCCCUCUAUGGACCCGUCUAUGUCACUGCAGCCCACUUCCAUGAUGGCCCCCCUCGCACAGCAGAUGAGUCACCUCUCUCUGGGAAGUGCAGGAACGUUUAUGGCUGCAAACUCGCCUAUGCAAGGAGCAUAUAUGCAGUAUGCACACAUGCAGACGGCUGCUGUUCCCGUGGAGGAAAAUGGUGCACAGUCACAAGUGGACUCCUCCAGAAAUCACUCCCCGUAUUCAUACCAACAAUCAAAGUAGUGCUGAGGUUAACCGUCAGGACAACAGCUUGAGCAAUCAUCUCUGCAAAUGCAAUGGAUGCUGAGGAUCUUUUCACUGUUCUGCACCGGUUCUACAACGUGAGACUUUUGUUUGGCAUCGUUUUCAGAGAGAACAUAUGAGUUCAUCGAAUAAUUCAAAUUAUAUUUAAAAAAGAAGAAAAAAAGUUUUGAAAAAGUUUUAUUUUGAUACUACAAUGUUUAUUGUUUACCAACGAUUGCUGCAGGAUACAAGAAAGAAACGUGUGACUAGUUGUUUCAAGUGCAUGAUAGUCAAUAUGUCAUUUGUUGAUAUUUCCUACUUUUCUUUUUUUUCAGCCAACGAUGUUUUUUGUGCUUGCUGUGUGAGUGUUGCUAUGGUGAAAUAUUAAUUGUUGUUGGGGUUUUUUUGUAAAGUGAUUCCUCUUAGUACUUUGGAUUGAUCUUGCUGUCUGAUUAAAAUUUGCCUUAAUAGUUUUGAUACAGUAGUUGUACAGACCACCACAAAGAGUGACAAUAGGCAAAAGCUGUUACAUCUGAAUCAGCCACGGAGGACUUUGAAAAAAAAAAAAUAUAUAUAUAUAUAUAGUAAAACCUGUGUUUUUGCUUUUUCCCUCCCAGAAUUGCUAGAAAAGUAGAAGCUUAUCUCUAGAAAGAUUUGUUGAAUGAAAUGACCCCACAUCUGAUGAUUUUAUUGGAUGUGAUAUUUAUUUAGUAAGAAUGCCCCUACAUGUUUCUGGAUGUUGAAUUAUGAAAUUCCGCAGAAAGAUCACCUUUUGAAUCUUUGCCUUUUUUAAUACUUGGUAUUGUAGAGUAGCUGAAAAUGACUUUGCUGGGUUGGGGGUGAGACAGGACUGAUGUCUUUUGUUUGUUGGUCUAUUCUUUUUUUGGUGAUGUUAAUUUAGAUUUUUAAUUUUUUGUCUUUUUCACAUUUAUUUGGAGAAAAAAAAUACUAGCAGGAAAACAUGGACUCAUGAUUGUGCAAAAAUCAAAGCCUUGUAAUAGAACCGCGUUGGGGGGUGAAACGAGAGGAAUAUGUGUAUUUCAUUGCACCUCGCUCUUUGAUAGGAAACAAAAAACUUGGCACUUUCAAUUGUAGUUUACUCCACCAAAGAUUGUGAGCUAGUUCACUGAGGAAAUAGCAUCAUUUGUCUCCAAAACCUGGGCACAAGUGACUCAAACUAGAUUGCAGUUCGGACAGUGUGCCUUUUUUUGUACAUUUACAUUCAGUUUGCAUAGGUUUUAGUACAGUGCUGACACAAAGCAUGAAGGACGGCCUGGAUCCAACAAGUGCCACAGAUGAAUUUUCAUACACUCACAGAAAAAUGCAACAUUAUUGUAAAAAAAAAAAUUAGUUUAAAAGAAGAAACAAUGAAAGGACAGUGCUGUUAUAGCAGUCUGAUAUGACACAGCACGCAAACAAUACGUCAGAUUCAUUUAUUUUUUUUAGAUUCUUUUUUUUUUUAUCACAGAUUCACAUAGGUUUGUUUUUUUAUCGAGGUGUCCUCCAAUAAACCUGUGAUUCGACCUGGUGGUCAGUCUGACCAGUUAUCUACCUCAGAGUUUUCUUCCUCCUCUGUAUUAGGUCGGGUUAGCAGGUCCAGCCCGCCCUUCCAGACCAAAAGCCACGCUCAGGAGCUGGCCACAUGAAGCUGUUUCCUUUCAGGUUGUUUUGAAUACUUUUCCUUGAUUUGCAUCCGACCUUUUUUGUUUUAACGAUUUAUUAUUGUAAUCAUUGGGGGGGGGGGGGGGGGCAACAACACGUUUCUCCUCAUGUUCAUGCAUUCAGCUUUAUAGUUUCAAAAGAGCUGCUGCUUUUAUAACAAUGGAUCUCAGAUGCCGAUCUAGGACCUUUUCAAGAGCAUCAAUAGCAGCGAAGCUUUGUGGUUUUCACUGGAUCUGUGCUCCUUCAAACAAACUUGUCUGUUGUUUUUGUCUUGGGUCUAGACAAACUCGCAGCAGCAUUUCCUCUGUAGUCAAUCAGGGUGUGCAAAAAAAAAAGUUGUAAUGCCCGAGACUGAGAAGUGAUACUGUUUUGUGAGGUUUAUGCUGCUAAUGGUGUCUGAACCAAGUGCCAUAGUACCAGGAUCAAGAGUUGCAGAGGUGCAUCAAAGAGAAUUGCUCAUAUAGGUUAACCAUCAUGUUGAACAGUCAUUAAGUUAUACAGAAAAAAAAGUUCUAAUUUAUGAAAAUUUUUGUACAGACAGCUUGAGGAAAAGAAAGAUUUUCAUAGUGUUGGAUGAAAGUUGAUCUUUUUUUUCUUUUUUUUACUUGUGCCACACAAAUGCCAGUGGUAACUCGUAUGUACAGUUUAAGGAAUCUUUCCUCUGUAUUUUUGUUUUGUAGUGUUUAAUUGAAUCCAAAGAUUUCUGUUUUUUAUUAGCUUGUUGCCUAAGGUUUAUUUCUGUUCAUUUCUUUGACAUUUUUGAAUAAAAACUUUAAAGAUUUUCACCUUUUAA